UGGUAUAAAUAAGACCCUUUUCAAUUUCUGUUCAUUCUAUUACCUUCCCCCUACAAAGAAACAUUCAUACUCAUCUAUUACCCAGCAAUGGCCAAGUUUGCAGUAUUUGGGAGCAGCUAUGUUACUCGUCUUGAGAGAUAUUGUCAUGGUGAUCUUAAGGUUCCUGGCACCGUCAGAUUCUUCGGGAAGGGUGGCAUGCGUUCUGAUUCGAUUCCAAGACAACUACUUAGAGACCUGAUAGAGUACAACCCUGAUGUUGUACUCAUCCAACUAGGAGGAAAUGACAUCUCAGCGACAUCAUCCCCCAACGACAUUUUCCAGAGACUUCUGACACUGCAGGUGGACCUACAUCAUGCUGGAAUUCAGGAGGUGUACUUUACAGAGAUUGUGCGACGUGGUAACUUUGACAAGUCCCCAGGCCUGACAGCGACGUCUUUUGAGAAACAACGGAAGAAGAUAAAUCGACUACUGCUGACUAGACUGAGAUACAUCAAGAUUAGAGUUAACUUUCCAGAGGACUAUGACCGUGACCAAGUGCAUUUCAACGACUCAGGACUCAGGACCCAGUUCCAUGCUUUGAGACGACCAUUUUUUGCAUAAUUGAUUGAAAUUGAUAAACACCUUUUAUUAUGUCAUGUUACGCUUUGUAAUUUAUAAUAUGUUUCAAGCAUUUAAUCUUAAAAAUGAUUGAUUUAUUGAUAAUGGGUAAUAGAGACAAUGUUAUAAAACAUAUACUUUAAGUGUGUCACUAUUCGCUAGAUUUGAAAAUUUAUGACAUUGUAAAAUAAAUAAAAAGGUUGUAUUAAAUUUAUGUAAUUCAUUUUGAAAU